AUGGAUAUCGAUAAUAUUCCAUCGGCGCCUGGCAAUCAAAAACCAGUGAUUAGGCCGCAGUUUGUGAAUAAACCGAGCAAUUUUUCCAUUGAUCACAUCUUGAACAGCGCCGGAAGCACCCGUGAUAAAUAUAUGUCCGAUUGUGGUAAACAACAAACGGCCAACGAAUUGCACAAUUUAAACAAUCAACAAAGUGAUCACUUUAUAAUCGAAAGUGAUGUUCAUCAGUAUCCUCCAAUAUUGAAUUGGCUUCAAUAUACACGGUAUAAACCUCCUCGCUUACCACGACCAGUUCGAAAUGGACCAAUCAAACGUACACCUGGACGAUUACCACGGAUUCCAUUCACUCCAUUUCAACUGAAUGAACUGGAAACUGCCUAUAAACGUGCCAAUUACCUAAGUUCAGAAGAUGCAAACAAAUUGGCGAUUCGUCUUGAUUUAACGUGUGUGCGCGUGAAAAUUUGGUUUCAAAAUCGCCGAGCUCGAGAAAGGCGGGAAAAACGAGAAUUAAAUACAACGCCACCAUCGAUUUCGCCCAAUCACAGUCCUUUGCACUGA